AUGGGUGACUUGGACCCAGCAACCGGCAAUGUGUAUGUCGAUCGCCCGGGCGGCGUGGCACCAAAGCAAGAUUGGCCGACGCUUGCAGAAGUCCGGCGUCAGAACAACCCCCCGGGUGCUUUUGACAACGACCGCACUGCCGUUGAGGCCUACCAAAACAAGCUAAAAGCUCAAAAGGCUGCGUUGCAAGCGCUGCCGAAGACACCAGGAAGGACCGCGCAAAUCGCAAACUUAACCACAAAAAUCAACAAUCUCGGGAAUAUGAAAAGUGACCUCAGUCAAGCGAGGGGCCGCGCGGUCCUGGGCGCUCCAGACCCGGUGGACGGCAUCAGGGAGGUGAUUAAUUUCAACAAAUUUCCGCCUCACGCCAUCCAGCAGGAACCCGGAAGAACCGCCUACAUGGUGCCUGCCGAGUCCACAGACAUCCAGAACUUGCGAACCACCGGGCCCGAGGCCCUGAAAAAGGGGGCAAACGGCGGACCAGAGCGGAUGAAAAACGUCCACCAGGCCGAGGCGAAUCCGGCCGCGGCCGCGCAAGAGACCUACCGGCGCACGACGGCCGGAACGCUGCACGACAACAUGGUUGAACAGGGCCCGCGUCACAUGGACACCGUGAUCCGUACCGUUGCCGACACCUACCACAAGCACCAGGCGGGCGAGCCGACCAUGCACUUCGCGCGGGCGACCGCGCAACCCGACAAACCGACCGAUCCACAGUUGCAGGCCGUUUACCAGGGCAACUGGGCCACACGCAAUACGCGGCUGGUCACUAACGCGGACCUCUACCAAGGGCCCGCCGAGGAUCAGCCCGUCGCAGACAUGAGCGACCGACAGAGGGCCGCCCACACCGAAGACCUCAAGUUCAACGACAGAGACGCAGCGGUAGCACGCGCUACAGGUUCCCAAUUCCCCCGCCCGUCCCAGGCCUGCAACAGAAGCUGCACUGUUUUCAUUGCGGGUUACUCUUGUUCUUUUCUGCAUCAAUAGAAGUAGAAGUACCUCACGCAUUCAUGGUAAUAUAGGCUCCUCUUUUUCAUGUAUUUCAAGUUGACGUGGCCGUGCAACUUCUGUGACAUGUUCAUAGUAGGCAACAUCGUAAGUACCUCCCCUGCGGCCAUCGAAGGUCAACAAGUAGAAGCGUAGCUGCGCAUGUUGCUGGUUUGCAUGACCACAAAUCAUAAGAUCAAUAGCUAUUAGCAGCACUAAAGAUUUCGACGGGGGAGUUGUCGAGCCUCAUAUCGUGGGCAGGCCACUGUGGCGUAUCAACACCCAAUGGGGGGCAGUGCGUUGCCCGCCCGGCCAGCGGGCGCAACGGGCACGAUGGAAGUGAGCCCGCGAGCCACCUGGUCGCCGCGAGACUUCAACAUGGUGAAACAGUACAACAACGGCAAGUUCACAAACGAGCGCAAUAACAAGGCGGACCAUGCACUAGACGAGCCGGGCAGGACGAUGCAGCACUCCGUCCUGAACAGCCCGACAGUGAUUGACACAGAGAUUGACCAUUGGGGAAACGGCAAGUUCAAGUUCAAGACACCUGAGGACCAGGCAGCGGCAGCGGUUGCUUGGCGGGCGCCGCACAUCUACCCGCAAACAACUGCAGCGUACGAAGACGGGGGCCACUAUCCAGGAAAAAACACCCAUCCCCAUUCAUUUUUUGCAUGACAAACGCUGGACCUUAUGCAUAUUUGGCAUGACAAAUUGGAUGGGGAUGGGUCUUUUUUUGUGGAUAGCCGCGCGGACUUCUACGGAACCGAUACAGGCAGUGGCUUUACCCAGGGCUGCGUCCAGGCCCAGAGCUAUGGUAACGGUAUCGCGUCACCGUGUCUUCAGCUGUGCUUGUACUUAAAGAACUUUUUCAGAGUAGGACAGCUGCUGUUCUAUGCAUGAUCUACCCGUUUCCCUUUGUAGCGUCUACACUUAUUUGUACUAUAUGUUGAUAUUUUAUGAUUUUGAUCGGCGUGGUCUUUUUGUUUUCCGAUCGUCAACAUGGAGGUGGCAACGUGGCCAAGAGUACUGUGCGUGGCAAUUUGAGGAAGAUGAACAAGAUAGGCAUAAAUGCAGUAGCAGAUACGGUUUUUCUACACUUCCAUACCUGCGCAGAGACUACUCUUUUAGCUCCGAGUGAGACUAACGAAGAGGAGUUGUUUGGUUUCAUAGGGACCCGCACGACGCCUUCGCCGUACGCGCCGCAUUUGCCGAUUGAAGAGCGUACAAACCGGAUGCACUGGCGGGACCCAGCUACAGGAGCGACAGCUCCAAUCUUCUCGCCGGCUUUUGUGGACGCUGCCGAUCCUCCGCCGCCCCCCGCGACGGGGCCCCCGGGGCCGCUUCCACCCCGCCCAGACCAUCUCCCACCGCAACAAACUGGAACGCAAUCGUGGUCGCAACGCCUACUGGGUUUAUUUCGUGGGACGAGUUGAGCUUUGCCUUUGCUACCACUUCUAGUUGAUAUUGAUAUUUUCAUUUUGAUUCUGAAUACUAAAUAUUUUUGAUUUUGUUAGAGUAGUUGGAAACAAAGAGCCUUAGACAGCAAAUUGCGGGCGAACUCCAGCAGGAAGUGUGGCUAGUUCUGUGCGCAGGUGUUUGCGUACUUAGUCAUACAUCAUUCUGGUAUUUGCCAGCACACCGAGAAACUCACCUCGCAGAAGUUGAGAUAGAGCUUUUGUUUAUUCUUAUCAUGAUUUGGAAAUAUAGAUGACCAUGAUACUCAAGAAGAUCGCGUCGGAGAGAAGCCACACCGCAAGCACCGCACGGGACAGUGGCUGAUUUUUGAUACAGCUAGCGUUUCAUGUAUGAUAUGAUCACAGGUACAACUAGUGGUAAAUAUUCAACUGCCUCAUGUGGCUGUAUCUCGUACUUUUUGACAUUCCAACAUUUAGCGUUAAUUUUCACCAAAACAGACAGAACCAACAGAAAAGGAAAAGAGAAGGAACUGAUCUGUCGAUGCAUUCUAUCUUCAUGUAUCAUGCCGUGGGUAUACCUAUACUAGCGAAGCGGGUUGCAUCGUUGGUACGAGGUUGUACGGACCGAAUAAGAUGACGAGAAAUUGCACUACAAUUGCUCCUAUUCGAAUUCGACCCAGCGCAGCUCGCGAAGGAUGAAUGUAGCGAGUCCAAAUAAAACA